AUGGUGUUUGAAAAGCCGAUUGUUGUUGACUGCCGUGGUCACUUGGUAGGCCGUCUUGCGUCUUUGAUUGCCAAGGAACUUUUAAUGGGACAGCACGUUGUGGCAGUGCGUUGUGAACAGCUGGAGAUCUCGGGCUCGCACGUGCGCAACAAACUCAAAUUUCUUCAGUUUUUGAACAAGCGAACGGCGACUAACCCCAAGAAGGGACCUGUCCACUACCGUGCACCAUCGCGUAUGCUGUGGCGUACAAUUCGUGGUAUGCUGCCGCACAAGACGGCCCGUGGUGCCGCUGCCCUGCAACGCCUUAAGGUGUUCGAUGGCAUUCCGUCGCCGUACGAUAAGCAGAAGCGUAUGGUUAUCCCCGCUGCCCUGCGUGUGCUGCGCUUGAAGGCCAAUCGUCGCUAUACUGUCCUUGGCGCUCUCGCCUCGGAAGUUGGCUGGCGUCACGGUGAGCUGGUCAAGCGUCUCGAGGCCAAGCGUGUACUCAAGUCUGACGCUUUCUACAAGAAGAAAGUUGCCCAGCAGAAGCGUCUUGCCGAGACUGAGGCCAAGGUAUUCGCCGACAACUCGGAGCUCAAGCCUACGCUUGCCAAGUACGGCCACGCUCUUUAA